GACAGUGUGAGGAGGCGACAGCAGGUAAAGGUGAGAAGAAGCAACAAGAGAGAAGGAAGGAAGAAGAAAGGAUGGACGGAAGGAGCGAGUCGGACAAGAGGAGGAUGUUGAUGUCUUCGUGCGGGAGCUUGUACGACAGCAACAGCCUGCUCUUGCAGUACUGCAACAACAACGACGACACGGCGUCGGCGGGCAGCAACAUGGACACGGAGGACCGCGUGUCUCACCUCGAGCAGCGGCUUCAGCUUCAGGAGGACGACAUCCAGCUCCUCAAGGCGGCUCUGGCCGACGCCCUGCGCCGCCUGGGCUCCUGCGAGGAGCGGAGUCGAACCUCAGAGCGGCCGGGGGGCGCCCACGCCGCCGGGAGGAGGUCUCUGCAUGGCGCAGCCCCGCCCGCCACGGUCCAUCAGCUACUUCAGACGCUUCCUUCGAGGCCCCUGAGCAACGGAUACGUACAACACAAACGCCUCCUCUCGUCACCGUCCUCGCCCAAGAAGGACGUGCUGCGCUCCAUCAAGAGGAAGAGCAUGUCCACAGAGCGCCUCACGGCGGUCAGGAGGGAAGCGGCGGCGGCGGCGGCCGAGAGUCGAAGUCGAACAACUUCGUCCGGCGGCUCCACGGGUGGAAAAAGUAAAUCUAAAGAAUGCACCUUCAAUACAGAGGACGGCUACGUGAGGAUGUUUCUGCGCGGCCGUCCUGUCACCAUGCACGUGCCCGACCAGCAGAGGGACAGCUACAGCCUGGACCAUAAGGGGGCGCUACCGGGCCGCAAGCUCAAGCUGGAGUGGGUCUACGGCUACCGCGGGCGCGACUGCCGCUCCAACUUGUACCUUCUGCCCACCGGAGAGAUCGUCUACUUCAACGCCUCCGUGGUGGUCUUGUACAACACUGACGAGCAGCAGCAGAGACACUACCUGGGACACAAUGAUGACGUCAAGUGCUUAAGUGUGCAUCCUGACAUGGUUACCAUAGCAACAGGGCAAGUGGCGGGAAAUACUAAAGAUGGAAAGCUACUAGCUCCUCAUGUCCGCGUGUGGGACUCCGUGAGCCUGAACACGCUUCACGUGCUCGGCAUUGGCGUGUUCGACCGAGCUGUCACCUGUGUGUCCUUCUCGAAGUCGAAUGGCGGCAGCUUCCUGUGCGCCGUGGAUGACGCCAACGACCACAUUCUGUCCGUGUGGCACUGGCAGAAGGAGAAGCAACUGGCUGACGUCAAGUGCUCCAGCGACUCUGUGCUGGGGGCCGUCUUCCACCCGAUGGACGCGAACCUGAUCGUGACCUGUGGAAAGUCGCACAUCAACUUCUGGAACCUGGAGGGAAGCACGCUGACCAAGAGACAAGGACUCUUUGAGAAACACGAGAAGCCCAAGUACGUGUUGUGCACGGCGUUCGCCGAGAACGGAGAUGCCAUCACCGGAGACUCGAGUGGAAACAUCUACGUGUGGGCCAAAGGCGGAAAUCGCAUCAGCCAGGUGUUGCCGGGGGCCCACGAAGGCGGCAUUUUCUCCAUCUGUGUCCUGAAGGACGGCACCAUGGUGUCAGGAGGAGGGAAGGACCGCAAGGUGGUGCUGUGGGACCGCGAAUACCGCAGGCAGGCGGACAUGGAGGCGGGUGACACGUUUGGACCUGUUCGGGCCAUCGCGGAAGGCAAGGGGGGCGAACUCUUCAUAGGGACCACCAAAAACGCCAUUCUCAAAGCAGCCUUCCCUGACACACUGAUGCCCAUCGUACAGGGUCACACGGACGAGCUUUGGGGUCUGGCUGCGCAUUCGCGUCUGGAUCAGUUUGUCACCUGCUGCCAGGACAAACUGGUUCACCUGUGGGACACAAACACCCACCAGCCCAUCUGGACCAAAAGCAUUGAGGAUCCUGGAAGGUGUGCGGGUUUUCAUCCAAACGGAGAGGUUCUGGUGGUCGGCACCAUGACUGGAAGAUGGUUAGUGUUGGACACAGACACCCGUGACCUUGUGUCUACGCACACAGACGGCAACGAGAUCCUCUCCAACGUCAAAUAUUCUCCAGACGGCAACUUCCUGGCGGUGUCUUCUCACGACAACUUCGUUUACAUCUAUGCUGUGACUGAGAACGGACGCAAGUACAACCGUGUGGGAAAAUGUAGCGGUCACUCGAGCUUCGUGACGCACGUGGACUGGUCCGCCGACAGCCGCUACCUGGUCACCAACUCGGGAGACUACGAGAUCCUCUUCUGGGAGGCGCCCGGCGGCAAGCACGUGACCAGCGUGGACGCCGUGCGAAACCUCGCCUGGGCCACGUCCACCUGUACACUCAGCUUCAACACCUUUGGAAUUUGGCCCGACGGCGCCGACGGCACCGACAUCAACGGCGUGUGCCGGUCACGCGACGGCUCGCUGCUGGCGUCGGCCGACGACUUUGGCAAAGUGCACCUGCUGUCGUACCCCUGCUCCCAGCCCCGGGCGCCGGGCCACGAGUACGGCGGCCACAGCAGUCACGUGACCGGCGUGGCCUUCCUGCACGACGACGGCCGCCUCAUCUCCACCGGAGGAAAGGACGCCAGCGUCCUGCAGUGGCUGGUCGCCUAGGUAACGACCUCCUGUCCACCGGGGGCGGCGCCCUCUCCUUUCACUGCGCGCCCGCUGACACACGCGUAGGCUGGAAGAAAUGAAU